AUGUCCGAGAAGGACCUUGAAGUAAGCUCCUUUAGAGCCAAUGUCGUGUCAGACGAUGACAUGGCCACAGUCGGUUCGGCCCAAUCGUCGACCCGCUCGUCGCCGACACGACGACAGCGGAAAAGGGUCCUUAAUAUAAGCUCAGACGGGUUGAGCAGCAGCUCCGGUUCGGAGACUCAGGGCCCGUCAGUUGCGAAGCCCAGAGCCGUGACGCCAUCAAAGCGUGGAAGGGGACGCCCUCCGACCACGAGGCAGUGCGUUGGCAUGGCUGCUGCCAGGAAGGCGUGCCUUAGGGCCCAAAGAGAGGAGAGGGAGUUCACAGAGAGCGCGCGCACCACGCGCCAGAAGAAGAGAGCGGCUGAGGGAUCUGUCCCUAAGCCUGAUGCCGAGCGUAGGCUCCAUCAGAGUGCUGAGGUGGCUCUGACGGUGGCCGCCAAAUCUAGUAGCCCGAAGGGCACGUAUGUGCGUGCAUUGAAGGAGUUGGCGGCCACCGUCAAGGAGGCCACGGAGGACCUUGUGGGCCGCACCGCAACUGAAGAGGCUGAAAGACUGCGUGCGAUCAACGCCAAGCAGGAGCAGGAGAUCCUACAGCUUCGCAAGGAGCUUGAUGAAAUUAGGAGGGAGCUGGCUACGGUCUCGCAGGUGCUAGGAAAUGCACCAGCCGCAGCCCCGGCCCCAAACACCGAAGAAGAAGAGGAGGAGUUGCGCCUCCAGCGCAUUAUGCGAGCUGUCGGCACGAUGCUCGACGCUCGCUUUGCGGGGCUGGAGGGACGGCUUCUACCGGAGCCGCGAAUGCGACCACCGCUAGCGGCGGACAGGCGGAAGAGCCGCGAAAAAUCACCGGACCCUCCUAUGGUCGUAGACGCUACACUGAAUUCGGCACCAUUAUUGAAACCAGUGCCACCUACAACAUCGGCGAAAAAGAGGAUACGAGGCCCCAGAAGAAAAGCCACUGCGCAAGUGGCUCCACCUGGAACACCCACCCUCCUCCCGGCUCCAGCUUCCUUGAUCGAGAGCUGGUCAACGGUCACCCGUAGGGGCACUCGGCCGAGGGAGGGAGCAGUGAGGACGGCUCCAGUGGUAGCACCCGCUGAAGCGGGAAAGAAAAACCCGUCCUCUGCAAAGAGGAAAGAGAAGAAGCUGCGUCCUCCGCGCUCUCAAGCAGUUGUGCUCAAGCUGCAGCCGGAGGCUGUAGAAAGAGGACUCACAUACCGCAGCGUACUCGCCGAAGCGAGAGCCAAGGUGGACCCCGGGGCACUCGGAAUCCCCAACCAGCGCAUCCGGUCUGCAGUGACUGGGGCCAAGGUGUUGGUAGUGGAAGGUGCUGAUCAGAGCGCCAAGGCUGAUCUCCUGGCCCAAAAGCUUCGUGAGGUUCUGUCCGCGGAGGGGGUCAUCGUGACCCGGCCAGUGACGACUGCAGCCAUCCGCAUCAGCGGGCUGGAUGACUCCUUGACGCCGGAGGAAGUAGCCGCUGAGCUCGCCCGGAUUGGCGAAUGCACUCUUGAAGCGGUGAAGAUCGGAGAGAUCAAGUCUGGCCCAAGUGGGAUGGGUCAGGUGUUGGUUCGGUUGCCCGUCGCUGCCGCGACGAAGGUCCUCGCCGUACCGAAAUUGAGGGUCGGUUGGAGCGUGCUCCGCGCUCAUCUGCUAGAGGCUAAGAAGCUACAGUGCUUCCGAUGCCAUGAGCUAGGUCACGUGAGCGCUCGAUGUCCGUCGUCGGUCGACCGCAGCCGUGAUUGUUACCGGUGCGGCCAGACCGGCCACGUAGCGUCCGGCUGCUCUCUGGCGCCACACUGUGCUGUAUGUGCCUCUGCCGGCAGACCGGCGGAUCACGUCUCCGGGAGCAAGGCUUGUGCCAAGUCCCCGAGACCGAGACCUAGAAGAGGAGCUUCCGCUGCGCUUGAGAAUGCGCGGAGGCAGCCCGGUGCUCCGCCCAGGUUCGACGUUGUCGAGAGAGGUUGCGGCUUUGUUGCUGUCCUCUGGGCCGAGGUAUUCAUAUUGGGAGUGUACUUCUCCCCAAACAGGACGCUCGCCGAGUUUGAGGUUUUUCUCAACGAGCUCAGCCGCGUCGUUGGGAGGUCGCACUCCCAACGGAUACUCGUUCUCGGGGACCUCAACGCCAAGUCAUUGGCUUGGGGAUCCUCGAGGACGUGCCCCAGAGGUAGGGCGGUGGAGGAGUGGCUGGUCGGAAGCGGUCUUCUCGUCCUCAAUCGUGGCGCAGAACUCACGUGCGUGCGACGUUUGGGCGGGUCCGUGGUUGACGUUACAUUUGCCACGCCCGACGUGGCGAAUCGCGUACGCGGUUGGGCCGUGAUGGUCGGCGAGGAGACGCUCUCCGACCACCGCUACAUUCGUUUCGGUGUCGCAGUGCCUCUGGCGGAGUCUAUCCAGGGCUCUUCCUUGCUCUGCGGUGGCGGCGCGGGGGGUCCUCGUUGGGCCCAGAAGCGCCUCAACGUCGAGAGGUUGUGUGAGGCGGCUGUAGUCCAGGCAUGGCGUCUUGACUCGCUUGGUGAGCCAGCAGACGUGUGCGAGGGGGUGGAGCAUCUGCGCGAGGCGAUGUCGCGGGUGUGCGACGCCGCUAUGCCUCGCAUUAGAGCUCUCGCUCCUAAACGCAGAGUCCACUGGUGGACUGAGGAGAUCGCUAGCCAGCGCCGGUUGUGCGACGUCAGUCGUCGCGCAUACCAACGGUAUCGACGUCGAAGAACGCACCGGGACCCCGAUGAGGAGGACCGACUGUACGAGGUGUACAGGAUGGCCAUAAGGGCCCUGCGCGUGGCUAUCGGGGAGGUGAAGGAGGCUGCUUGGAACGACCUACUAGCUUCGCUCGACUGUGAUCCGUGGGGGCGGCCCUACAGGCUGGCGCGCAAUGUGCUCCGCCCUUGGGCCCCCCCCGCAACCAGCACCCUGCCGCCGGAGACAUUGCAGCGGGUAGUCGGGGGUCUGUUUCCGGAUUUUACCGGGACGGCCUUCGUCCCCCCUGUGAUGACGACGAUGCGGGUUGCUGAUGGCGGGGAGCCUGCGGACGUUUCGCAGGCGGAGUUUGAAUCGGCUGUGCAGAGGAUGCGGGCGAAGCGCACGGCUCCCGGUCCCGAUGGGAUCUCGUCCCGAGCAUGGGCGCUCGCCUUGACGGGCGAUGGUUUGGGGCCUGCCCUCCGAAGGCUGUUCAGCCGGUGCCUCCGUGAGGGCAGGUUCCCAGAGCCAUGGAGGACUGGUCGGCUCGUCCUUAUUCCUAAGGAGGGUCGGCCACGUGACGAACCGAACGGGUACCGCCCAAUCGUCGUGCUGGACGAGGCCGGUAAGCUCUUCGAGCGCGUCAUCGCUAAUCGCCUUGUCCAGCACCUGGAAAACGUUGGGCCUGAUUUGGCUCCUAACCAAUACGGUUUCCGGAGGGGUCGCUCGACCGUGAACGCGGUCUUGCGUGUCCGCCAUCUCUCCGAUUCUUUGCGUAAUUUGGAUUCAACUACUAGGCGCGCAUUCGAAAACAAAAGUGUACCGGGUGAUCUUCCGACAUUUGAGGGUCUUAUCGCUUUCGUGGAAAACCAGGUCCGUAUCCUGGAGAUGUCGGAAAAUGAUGUGAUCCGUAAAUUUCAAAAUCUUUCACUUGCUGAUCCAACUUUUGGUACAUCGGGUCCCAUCGACAUGUUAUUGGCCGGUGAUCUAUUUCCUCAAAUUUAUGAUGGAGAAAAGAUCAUGCCACAAGAUAAGAACAUGCCAGUGGCUUUGCAUUCCAUUUUCGGCUACGUCAUUGCAGAACGUAGAUCGCUGUUUGUGGAUGACAGCAGAAAGGCUCACGACAUUAUUAUUAAAAUCGUACAAAGUAAUUCAUUUGUGGACGACAUUAUGGCCUUACAAAAAGAGGAGUUCCAAGUGCUGACGGCGGCACAUGUUGUGAUCGGGCGGGAAUUGUUCGCUGUACCGGUAUUCGAUAUCAUACCAUCCAUAGCCCUCCGAGUAUUCGAUAUUACAGCAAGAUCCAAUGAUAAACUGAUAUUGAAAUAUAGGGGAAAUAUUAAUAAACCCCCAGUGCUUUAUGGAGUGUUAGGAUUCCAGUUCGAAUUGUGUCCGUUUAUAUUGCAGAGCUAUUACGGCUAUUAG